AUGUUUUCAGGUGUUUCAGUUCAUCUAUCAGGUUACCACUAGAACUGAAGAUAUUUUACUGAUAACUAAAGAUGUCAUUAAAGAGUUUGCUGAUGAUGGUGUCAAGUAUCUGGAAUUGAGGAGCACUCCAAGAGAGGAAAAGUCCACAGGUAUGACCAAAAGGAUGUAUGUUGAAACUGUACUUGAGGGAAUAAAGCAGUGUCAAGAAGAUGGCUUGGAUAUAGAUGUAAGGCUGUUAAUAGCAAUAAACAGAAGAAGUGGCCCAGCAGUUGCUAAGCAGACUGUUAAGCUUGCUGAAGAGUUCCUGCUUUCCAGUGACGGGGUUGUAGUAGGACUUGACUUCAGUGGUGAUCCCACCGCAGGACGUGGCCAAGAUUUUUUGGAAGCACUGUCAGAAGGAAAGAAAGCAGGUCUAAAGCUGGCAUUGCAUCUGUCUGAGAUUCCAAAUCAAGAAGAGGAGACCAAAAUUCUGCUGGGCUUGCCUCCUGACAGAAUUGGACAUGGAACAUUUCUCAACUCUGCAGCAGCAGGUUCAGAAGAGUUAGUGUCACUUGUUCGACAGAAUCAAAUACCUAUCGAACUUUGCAUGACAUCAAACAUCAAAACUCAGACAGUGCCUUCCUGUGACAAACACCACUUUGGGUACUGGUACAGCAUGGGCCAUCCUGCAGUGCUUUGUACUGAUGAUAAAGGUGUCUUUGCAACCGACCUAUCGCACGAAUAUGAGCUCGUUGCAAACACAUUUGAUCUGACUCGGUCACAGAUGUGGGAUCUUUCCUAUGACUCAAUAAACUAUAUUUUUGCUUCAAGUGCUGUGAAAUCCAAGCUAAGGGAACAGUGGUGUAAACUGAAGCCAGCUCUGUUUGACUAAUCAGACUGUUGUUGUUCUAAACAGC